AUGUUUCGAUUGGAUCAAUUCACGCGAUCCAAUUCAGCCAAUUCGUAUCGAUGGGGUACAUAUCGUCCUGGACUAUAUUUUGGUCUUCGAUCUCGUUCAGAACCUGAAUUUGUGUCUGUGGGUCUUUUAUGGACAUCACAAAUGGAAGAUGUCUCACAACUGAGACAUGAAUGUCAACAGGACGAUCAGCUUCAACGUUAUGGAUGGCUUCAACAUGAUGGAAGAAAAUAUGGACGAGAGACAAUAGAAGAUCAAUUUAAUCGUCUUGAACUGCAUACAAGUUAUGUCCAAUUUAUUCAGACACAAGAAGAGGAAGAAGAAGAAGAGGAAGAGGAGGAGGAAGAAAAAAAAGAGGAGAAGGAGAAGAAGGACGAGGAGGUUCAAGGAUGGGGUGUACGAGUACUAGUAGCUCCUUUAAUACCUCGUGACAAGAUAUUGAGACAAAGAGAAGGACCAAAGAACAACAAAAUGUCGCUCUUUUUUUAUAUUGAUGUGAGCUGUGAAGACGAGAUAUUGACUUCAAGCUGUCGAGAAAAGCUGCAGAAUCUAGUACAAGUGACAGUGGAGCCGACGGAGGUAUCGUGUGGACAAGAGGACGAGGAGCAAUGUGUGCAGAUGGUAUUGGUGAGUGAAGGUCCAGAGAGUGACAAGACCACGGUGCCCUUAGCGUUCCAGAUGCAAGUGCAAUUGAAGACUCGACGGACGGUGCGUAGCAUGCAGCUGCACUAUGUCGGACUCAAAGACACCAAUGUGAUCAAUGUGAAGGAAAGACUGGUGUCUCUUGCUCAACGCCCUGGUGGCAAAGAAAAUCAGAACUUGAAGGACGACAAGGAAAUCAACCUGGAGAACUAUGUCGAGGACGGAAGCACGUUGAUUGUUGUCCAGGCGAUCAUUGAUGUUGAUGUUGCCACGUUUAAAGAGGGAGAUGCCGUGCUGGAUGUAUUGUUCAAUGAAGUUGCGUCUUCCAUUGAAGACAAGUCUUCCAUUAAAGAUGAGAUCGUGACAACUCCCAUUGAUCAUCUUAUCACUGGAAAGCUAGUUGAGUACUCACAGCAGUUCGAGGACAAGUUUGAAAAGACUUUUCGUUUGUCGACGAAAUCGUGGCCGGCAAAUAAUGGUGAAGAGACGCCGUUUAAUGAGAGUCUUAAAGCAUUUGCAAAGGCAGCUUUCAGUAAUUUGAUUGGUGGCACAGGCUAUUUCUACGGGACUUCGUUGGUGCAACAUGAUCCGGAAAAGCCCGACGUUGUCGAGUCGCCCAUGAAGCCGCUACUCACAGCAGUUCCAUCGCGGUCUUUCUUCCCUCGAGGUUUCAUGUGGGACGAAGGUUUUCACCAGAUUGGCGUGUCAACAUUUGACGAUCGACUUACACGCGAUGUUAUUGCACAUUGGCUUAGUCUCAUGGAAGAGGACGGCUAUAUCGCUCGCGAGCAGAUUUUGGGCCAAGAUGCUCGUCGUCGCGUACCGACUGAGUUUUUGGUCCAGCACGUGGAACACGCCAACCCUCCUACGUUGCUUUUGGCUUUGGAGAAAAUGAUGCAUUGGCAUCAGAAUGCUGACACAGACAAGGAAUUGCAGGAAUUUAUGCAAACUAUCUUUCCAUCUCUUAAGCACUGGUACAACUGGUUCUUGAAGACGCAGUACGGACCACACAGCACGAGCUUCCGCUGGCGCGGCCGUCACAAGAAUGAUGGCAAGCUUAUUUCGAACACGCUUUCUUCCGGCCUGGAUGACUAUCCACGAGCAUCAUUUCCUAGUGAGAAUGAAAUGCAUGUGGAUUUGCUUUCGUGGAUGAUUCGAUCGAGCAAUAUUAUGGCAAAGCUUGCAGCUUUUAUUGGCCAGGAUACUGAUGUCCAGCGCUUUGAGGCAAACAGCGCGCACUUUUUUGCUGGACUAGAUGAACAUCACUGGAAUGAGGAGGCUCAGUCGUAUUUUGACGUCGGUGAACACAGUGAGGACGGUGUGAUUGAGUACCAGGUUGCUGUGCGUUGUCGUAACGAUCAGGGUCAGGUGAUUGGUGCGGCAGCUCCUAUCACGCAGCUUGAAACCAAAGUCAAGUGCCCAGUGAGUCAUCCCCACUACAUGUUUCCUUUGAGUGAUGGUCGCGGUGGGCUGCAGAUGCUGCCUGUAUUUGUCCCUCACACCACUAAGCUACAGCACGUAAAGCACGUCGGCUACGUCAGCGUGUUCCCGCUCUUACUGAAGUUAUUGCCGCCCGACUCGCCGAAGCUACUUGCACUUUUGAAGCAAGUGACAGACCCUGCGCAGCUGUGGUCUCCUUUCGGACUCCGUUCUUUGUCUACGCUUGAUCAAUUUUUUGAGCAGGAAAAUGCGCCUGGAGAUAACCCGUACUGGCGUGGAGCUAUCUGGAUGAACGCCAACUACCUGGCUUUGGAUGCGCUACACCACUACGCGCAGCCGAGCACGGGAAGUCCGUUCCAAGCGGAGUUUCAAUCGGCGUAUACGGCGCUACGUGCGAACGUGAUUGCCAAUGUUUAUCGCGAGUACGAGCGGACUGGGUAUCUGUGGGAACAGUACAGCGGUGACAUUCACAGUGAACAGCGGUACGGUCAAGGACAACGGUGUCAUCCGUUCACGGGAUGGACAUCGCUUGUCGUGAACAUCAUGGCAGAGAUCUACUAG